ACACACACACACUUAGUGGGAGAGCGAUGCAAAACGUGAUCAACAAAAGGCCAGAGAAUAAGUUUAACGGACAGAAAUCCUGCACACAUGCACUGUAGUUCCUGGGUGCACGAGUGGCAACACACACAGGCAGAAGCGUCGGUGUCAGCUGUAGAGGGUGUGUUCCUCUAACCAUAAACCACAGAAAACACAGUCUGUAAAUACCCCAGUGCCUCGCACAGCCCCGGUUCGUCCGACGGGGCUCCUCUCAGCGACACCGCCAUGGGAUGCUCGCCGCUGUUGGUUUUGGGUCUCGUCCUGAACGUUGCUCAUUGCUUGGAAACUCCCGGUUGGAGUCCGGAGUCGGUGCUGGAGGUCUCCCCCAACCUCACGGCGCCGCUGGGGGGGGGAGUGUACCUGAGCUGCCGGUACCGCGGCCAGAGCGAGAUCCUGAGCGCCCAGUGGAAACGCAGGGUGAGCUCCAGGAGCAAAGCCAAGAGGCUGGCCGGGUUUUCCAACGGGAAGGCGUUCAGCAGGGACGACUUCUCCCCGCCCAGCUCCCUGACCAACCUCACCGUCCAGAUGAAGGUGUCCAGCGUGGCGGCGGAGGGAGAAUACGUCUGCGAGUUCCAGUCCGAGGAGGAGGAUUUCUUCGAGAGUGUGUUUGUCACCGUAGUGGCCCGGCCCGAGGUCCAGACCCUGGUUCAGGCGGAGACCGUGAACAACACUCACUACCAGACGGCGCGCUGCUCGGCGGUCGGCGGCCGGCCCACGGCUCGGAUCAGCUGGCUGGUGGGCGGCCUCCCUCCCUCGGAUCACCUGUUCGCCGUCAACACGAGUGAAGCGCCGCAGUCGGACGGCACCUCCACCCUGAGCAGCGCCCUCACCUUCCCCACCCACCUGCAGGACCAGGACAGCCUGCUGUGCCUGGUCCAUCACCCGGCGCUCGCCCAGCCACAGCUCGCCGCGGUCAGGGUGGAAACCUUCGCCAGGCCAAAUGUGACCGUCGAAGCGGAGAUGGUUCAAGUCGGAGGAAGCGAUUUCUGGGUGGUCUCUUGCAUCUCGUCCGGAGGGAGACCCGACGCUAGCAUCUCCCUGGCUUUGAAUGCAACAUUAGAGAGAGAAACCGAGGCGGCCUCGGACCUGCAGAGGGUCUCGGUCUAUCUCCCGUUAACAGAGUACGAAGGUCACAACGUCACCUGCGUGUUCGACCACCCCAAGUUCACACAGCGGGAGUCCCGGGCCGUCACGCUGCCGCCUCUGUACUUGUCUGGAGCUCAGAUACAGUCAGAGGGAAGAAGCGGCGCUGAAGACUUUGCAGACGGUGACUUUGUAGAGCUGCAGGAAGGACAGACCGGCGCUGUUAUCAGCCUCCAGCUCGCAGGGAAUGUGCCCCGCUACACUGUUAUCUGCAACAAGGACGGCGGCCCUUUGCCUGGCAGUGUGGAGCUGGUUGGCAGAAGCUUGAUAGUCCAGGGUCCUGUGGAAGCAGAGCAUGCUGGGCUGUAUCAGUGCUCCGCCUCGUACCACCACCUCAACGCAACGCUGCACAUUCUGGUCUCUGUUCAACCAAUCGCCACGCAGCUUGCUCCCCCCACCAUACACGUUGGUUUGCGGCGCGAGGACGGACGCUGGGUGAUUGAAUGCUCAGCAGCUGAUGCCGUUCCUGCAGCCAACAUGUCCUGGCUCCCGCCAGAGGGUGUGUCCCGCGACGUCUGGUUCAAUUCCACUUCUCAUAAUGGAAGCUUCUCCGUCAGGGGAGUCUUGCUGCUCCCGGCCUGCUCGCCUCGGCAGCUCACUGCAGAGUGUGUGAUAAAUCACCCGGCCUUUGAGGAACCAGAAAACAGAAGCGUGACCCUCCCUCUUUGCACUCGACCGAACAUCUCCGUCGCCCUCAGCACCGAGUGGAGCGACGGCCGCAGGUACUUGACGGCGGACUGCUCGGCCGACAGCGGCGCUCCUGCAGCAGAGAUCAGCUGGCAUGCCGGGAACAGCGGUGUGAUCGGCCGACAGCUGGAGAGUGAAGUCCGGGCCGACGGUCUGGUUCGGGCCCGUAGCUCUGUGCACUUCCUGUCCUCUCUGUACGCUGGUCGGAACCUGACAUGCGUGGUGAAGCAUCCGAGCCGGGAGGCACCAGAGAAAAGAUCCGUUCACGUCCCGGUGCAGAAAGCCCCCCUGCUGAGCGUGUCGGUGGAGCCACAGCAGCACUCGCCUCUCUGGCUGGCAGUGUGUGACUGCAGCGGUGAAGGCACUGGCUCAAACCUCACCUGGGUCCUGCCCGAAAACGCCAAAAGUCACACGUCCCUGUCCGUAGAGUCCGACGGGAACGUCCUGAAAGCCAGACGGACGUAUGAGUUUCCUCUGGCCCUGCACGAGGGGCAGAACCUGACCUGUGUGUACCAGCUGGAAGAUGUGGUCACGCUACAGAAGACGGUUCAUGUCCCCAAAUACUAUAUUUCCUACGUGAGAGUCCUGAACCGCACCACUCCUCUGCAGAGCCGGUACGGCGGUGAACCGCUCCUCCACAGACUGUCCCUCCAGGACAACCACCACAACCAGAAGAUACUGCUGCAGGUCGAGGGAAACGUGCCCGAGUACCAGCUGGCAUGUGCGAGGAGUGACGGCUCCCUCGUCCCAGUGGACGGGACGGCCAUGAUCCUCCAGUGGAAGCCCGCAGGAGAGCGCGCCGUGCUGUACACCUGCUCGGCCUCCUUCUACCACCACAGCGCCAGCGUCAGCAUCGAGGUGGAGGUCCGGAGAGAGGACGAAGAGCUGUUUCUGCUGACCCUGAUCUGCAUCUCGUCGGCCUCGGCCCUCGUCCUCGUCCUGGCGGUCGUCCUCUGCGUGUGCCGCAGAAGGAGCAGCAGAAAACACUCACAGCGAAAGGAGUCUCUCUCAGCUUUUGCGUGUCUGAUGCAUGAACCCGGCUCUCCAGAGGUGAAGAAACCGGCAGCGGCGGGAAAGGACGGCAACGAGCAGGCUCAUCUGAUCAGCUACUCCAUCGUCAUCGACGUCAAGAGCAGGGUGUAAAGACUAAAGAGUGUUUUACUGCAAAGCCGUUCAAAUUGCAUUUUUAUGUGACUGUGACUUUUAAGAGAAACUGACAGAAGCUUUAAAGAAACCAGCAUUAAUGAUGCUAAAAGCACUUUCUCCCUUGUCUGAAUCUGAAUCGCUCAUACCUUUUUUGUCUUCAAUAAAGUCAUUUCUUUAUAACUUCG